GAUCGAAUCAGAGAAACUUGAAAAAGAUGUACGUGCCUCCAUAUUAGAGAUUGUCAGGAAAAGAGAAGAGAAGGUGAUGACUGGAGGAGAAGACAGCAUUGGGAGUGAUUUUCUUGGAUUACUUGUGAAGGCUCAUCAUGAUGCCAAUGACAGCCAGAGGAUUUCAGUGGAUGAUUUAAUUGAUAAUUGCAAGACGUUUUACGUCGCUGGACAAGAAACCACUAAUUCUUUGCUUGCUUGGACUGUCUUUCUUCUGGCACACCACACAGAUUGGCAAGAGGAAGCAAGAAAAGAGGUCCUACAAAUAUUUGGCAAACAAACUCCAAACCCUGAUGGCAUUGCCAAACUGAAAACAAUGAGCAUGGUGAUCAAUGAGUGUCUAAGGUUAUAUUCCCCUGUUGGUACUCUAUCAAGGAAAACUGAAAGGGAAGUUAAACUAGGAAAGCUUAUUGUUCCUGCUAAUGUUGACUUGCUAAUGUCAUGCCUAUCACUUCACCAUGAUCCUCUAAUCUGGGGACAAGACGCGCAACUUUUCAAACCAGAGCGAUUUGCAGAAGGGGUUGCUAAAGCUACUAACAAUAAAGCAGGCGCUUUCCUACCCUUUGGAGUAGGACCUCGAACUUAUGUGGGAUUGAACUUUGCGACCAUGGAAGCAAAGAUUGCUCUGUCGAUGGUUCUACAACGCUACUCCUUCACCCUUUCCCCGGGCUAUGUCCACUUGCCCCUUCAGCAAGUAACAAAUCGCCCACUCCGUGGAGUUCAAGUAAUGCUAUAUUCACUUUGA